AUGCAAAAGGGAGGAUGUUGCAAAAAACGACACAAGCCCACCGCACCAAAACAAAGCCCAGAGACUGAACAAUACUCCAAUCUUCCAAGUGUUGGCACAGUUCCCUCUCAGGAGUUGGCCCGUAAAGAUGCCAAUGUCUGUGGUGGUCCCUGUGAUACCCGUGGACCGGAUCAAGUUUUGGCUGUACAGGGAGGAGAUGCCAUUGUGAAUGCCGUUGGCGGCCGCUGCCAAGUAAAAGAUACAGUUUUCGUUUCGAACUUCCAAGGCGGCCAAGGUACUGGAGGUGGUCAAGAAGAUACCCCCAAGGAGAAAGGUUGGCCCAUAGGAAGGUUGGCUGCUAUCCAAACGUUCGUAGAAGCAUCUUGCAGCAGCGUCGGAUACCCCAUCGUCAACAAAGUUUCCCAAUUAGGGGCCAGUCGUUUUGCUGGCUGCUUUGCUCUCCUUGCCUUCAUCUUUUUGGUUGAUACCUUGGAUUCCCACGCGCUGAAUCUACAGUACCAGUGGUCUCCCAAUUUGAGCUUUGCUUCGUGGAAGAAAAUUAAAUAUAGUGCCACCAUGACAAGCCAUCAACUUCCACCGCCCCAGCUAUUGCCAGAAUUACGCCUGGCUCUUGCGUGUCUCUACAAUCUACCCAUUCCCCAUCAUCAUCAGCAACAACCACCCACCCUGAGCCAAGCCCAAGAGUUCCUGAUAUACCUGCAAUCCAGAAAUGUGAAACGACGUCUAGAGUCCAUGGUACAAAGACAGAGAGAUAAAGCCAACUCGACAGCAGCCUCAAACAACAGCAAUGUGGUCAAUGGAGAAAAGAUACGGACAGGGAGUUCCUGGUUGGCUUCCCUGGCUCUGUUGUCUCUGCGAGGAAGCCAUACGGGUUUUGCAGCGUCUUCCACGGAACGAAUUUUUGCAGCCCAGACAUUAUUACAUCGACUGAUCCGUUCCAAAUUGGAUCAAGCCAUUGAUUGGGAAAUUGAGGUUGCAAUUCAGGAUAGUGAUGCAAUAAGUACUGUUCUAUUUCAACAGUUGCAAAAUCCUCUCCCACUCCCACAAGUGGUACAGCACUAUCAACAAAUCCUGCACCAGUAUCAUCCCUUUGUGGGGGCCGUUGUGGCACGCUACCAAAUACAGCAAAAUUGUGAGGAAGAUCGUGUCAAGGGGGAGCUAUCGAUACUGACAUUGGUUGCCAUUGUUUACACAACGGCUCUGGAUUGCUUUGCUGACAACAGCAACAACAGCAAUAAUAAUCAGGGUCACAAUGCUGGGCCCUUGCUCAAUGCUCUUGGCGCUGCCACGGCUGCCAUUGCACUCCGGCUGCGGUUUCCUCCCAUUACUCGUGGGCAGCAGCAGCAACCACACCAACAACAAUCUUCACAGCCACUCGUCGCAAUCAUUACGCAAUCACUGUCUCUGGUCUUUCAAACGGCGGCAGAACAAAACACGUUACAUCUUCCAGCAUCAAGUGAGGCCAUAAGGGCAUGUCUGGCGGCCAUACCCGAUAUCUGUCUGGGAAGUACCGGUGGAGGAGCUCGUGGUCGCAUGUCGAUUGAUCCCAAAUGUCUACAGGAAGCUGGAAAGGAACUCAAGACUACUGGUUUUGUACUGCUGUGGGACGUAUUACGACAACAUGUACAAGAUAUGCAACAGCAUCAGGAGCUCCUUUGUCAUCGAACCGUUUUGAUCAUUUGCGAACGAUGGGCCAGGUUUCUUCCUCUGCCACAAGAGUUCCUGGAACACACGAUUCCUUUGGCACGAAACUAUCUAUCAUCCACUCAUCCCGACAUUCGAACGGUGGCCUUUGGGUAUCUUUGUGCCAUUUACGAGUCAGCUAGCUUGACCACGGACCAAAUCUUGGCGAAAUCCCUGGGCUUGGCGCCAGACCAACAGGCACAACAGCAGCAAUCGGGAAAGAAGCGACAGACAAGCAAGUCCAAGAAACGGCAACAAGAAGCGGUGGAAAACCGAACCACAGACACAAUGCUCGACGAAGCUCGAGCAGAGUUUCACCAUCGGGGAUAUAUAGCAUGUCAAGCUACUGUCAUGGUGUGGGAACAAUUCCAAUCAACCUUUCAAAAUGCGCUCGCAGAAGCAAGUCGAAUGCCGGCUAUUUCUGCGCAAGGGGAUGAGAUCCAAAUUGAAGGAGAAGGGCCGAUUGGGUGCCUGGCAGCUUGUGCCAAUGCGUGUCUUGCACAUUUGCUGCGAACUAGCUCUACACCGGCAUUGGCUUUUCCACAAUCAACCGAACUCUUCGUGGCAAUUGCACACUCCUUUCAAGAGAUAUGUCAGAGCCCCCAUCGGGUCAUUCGGGCUUUUGCAAUGGAACCAAUCUUCUCCCUGCAUAAAACACUAGUGCAGCAUGCCCUAGAGUGUGAAGAAGGUAUCCACCCGCCUUUGGACCCUGGGUUGCAAGAUGCCGUGGUCGAACUUUUUGUUCGUUGCGCCAUGAGUCUUGCCAUUGCUUGUGGGUAUUCGGCGGAUUAUUUUCAGGACUUUGGAGCCAUUAGCGAUGAGGAUCUGGAGAUUGAGCGCAACGAUGUGAGGGACGUCAUUCGAACUGUGGCUGUGUCAGAACGUGGUGGUUCUACAGCUUUUGCCGAUGUGACACGGCCUCCGCUGGAGGUGACUUUGAAAGUCCUGGCCAGACUAUUGCAUGCCUGCUUCGAGUCAAUCGAUGCUUCCCGGAAAGCCAGUCAGUUAUUUCACGAAACGGCCGUGCAUUGCUACUCGGCUUUGGCAAAAUCUCUGAACCAGCUGUCAAAGUUCUAUGCAAAGACAGGCCAACCAUCGGUCGCUCCGGAAAUUCUGAGACUGGCCCUUCAAAUCAUGACCACGUCGCUUCAGAUUGUGAUUGAAGGAUUCUCUUCGUCGUCUCUGGAAGACCUGUUUCCUGUCAGCCGAAUUGCCAACCUAGCAAUAGCUGCUUUGUCGCCCAUGAUGUCCAACUUGUGCACUAUACCAAGAUUUGAAGAGGAGGUGAAGGCGGCUUUGAGACUUUCACUGAGUGUCGCCGCCAUGUCCGUGGCGCAGAUUCCAGAGCUUGCAACUUCGUCUGAGCUGGGAAAUGCAACUUAUGACAUUCGUGGGGCAGCACGAGGGCCGGGUGGUGAGGAUCACGUGGGAUGCCUGGCCAUCAUGAGGUUGACAUUCGAGUCAGAACAACUUGCAGGGAAGCUCAUCGAGGCAGCGGGUGCUGACAUAUCGCAGCUGGGCCAACUGCACUCUCAGUUAAAGUCAAUUGAAGUGAAACGCGGCAAGGGGGUUGUUCAUGGCCAAGGGAGCACUCCAACGUCCAGAAGAAUCCUUUUGGGUGUUAUCUGUCACUUGGAAAUCGUCUCCAAGGGAUCAGCAGGUUGCUCAUCCAUGCUGACCGAGAUAUUUCACAAUGCCUUCUCAUCAAUUGCCAGUUUCGCCAAUUCGGAGCAGUCAUACCUGGAUGACGACAAAGUGAUUUUUCAAAUCUGUGAAUCCACCUGGGAUCUUGCUGCGUUUUCGCCUGUCAUCGUCGAAUCUCUAUUCGCUUCUGAAGGGGAGCUUGCGACGACAAAACUUGAUUGCUUGAGGGUACUCACAAAGUGCAUAUGCCGCGGGUAUGAAAGGCCGUCAAUAUACGACGAGGGGACGCAGCCAGCUGCCGUUAUUAUGGUUGCCAUGGAGUGGAACCGUUUGAGAGCGGGUUUCUUUGCAUUGCUGAAAACAAGCAUAUCAGCAAAGAUGCCACAAACUUUGUUUGAGAGUGUUGAGGCAAUCAUACGAUCCGAGUGUGAAGCUGCACAAGUUCAGUGCCAAGCAGGUCCAUCAUCAGGAUCCUCAAUUUUCAAUGAUGAGGUGGUUUCUGCUGAGCAUAUCCCGGCUGGACUCUUUGUUCGCAUUAUUCAAGAAAUGAUCGAGUCUCUACAGGAAAAACCAAACAAUGAAACAGCUCUUGGAAGCUGCGUGACGACACUCGAAAGAGUCAAGCCAUAUGUGCUCGGCGCAGUAACUCAUCCAUGUCAAGACCCGCAAUGCUUCGCCGAUCCCCGUCCUGCACUUUUUGAAGCUUGGUUCUUGGUGAUGGCGACGUUGUCCAACAAGGCAGCCACGUUGCAGGUAGGAAGUGAAGCUACCCUCCGAAACCUGUUGGUGGACUCUUGUGUUGCCGCGAUUUCCCUUCUGUUCAGCCCUUUCCUCAGCAAAACACGAGAUCUACGAAGCCAGAGUCCGUGCCUCAGCUUUGAAGGACCCCAAACACUCGCGUUGAUGGAGUUUCUCUGCAGCUACUUUGCAUUGGGACCAGCCAUGUUGCAACCUGUAUGCCACGAAUUGAUUCGGAGAUUCCCGAUUGAUUCUGCAAAGGCAAACCAAUUCACCACGGACGUACAGUGUCAUAGUGUUGCAAUCAUUGGAGCUGCACUGUACAGGGUUGCACAAGGAGCAUUGCCUCCAUGGUCUGUCGAAUCCAUCCAUGAAGUCUAUGCCGCGCUCUUUCUUGCUCUCAACCUAGAUGUGAAUGCCUUUGGCAGCAUGUUGCAUCUGGGAAUGGAAAUCCGUCUUGCACCGGGCGCCAAUAGGGGGAGUGUCAAAUCCGAGGAGCUUUUGUCGGGCCCUCUCUUUGAAGGGGUUAAAGAAACUGCAAAGCAGAGGUUCGUACAGAGUCCGUGGAGCUGUGAAACAAGACAACAACGGCGCCUGGAAACGAUGAAAGUGUUGUUGAGAAGUUUUGUGGUGGAAAGAGAUUGGACAGAUUUUGCCCAAAAGUCAUCGCCACAAACUGGCUGUUUGAAAGAGUUUUAG